AAAGUCACCAUGGCCGCUCCCGUCGGUUUCCGGUUGGACUGUCCAGGGCGGAAGCUGACAGGCGUGUGAUCAUGGCGGCUGCUGGGGAUGUUGUGGUUCGCUGGCCGGGAUGGAGGUGUCUGGGCGUUCUCCUGGCUCUACUGGCAGGUCUGUGUCAAGGAAAUUCCGUGGAGAGGAAGAUCUACAUCCCACUGAACAACACAGCCCCUUGUGUGCGGCUCCUGAAUGCCACCCACCAAAUAGGCUGCCAGUCUUCCAGGAAUGGCGACACCGGGGUGAUCCACGUGGUAGAGACAGAAGAGGACCUGCCUUGGGUACUUGAGACCGGUCCUAACCCGCCCUACAUGGUGCUGCUUAACGGAAAUUUGUUUAACAAGGACACAAUGCAGAAACUAAAGGGGAGUUCUCGUAUCUCUGGAAUGGCUGUUAGCUAUGCCAGUCCUUCCCCACCUGACGGCUUCUCAUUGGACCUCCCGUGCCCAAGCGAUGGGUUUGGACUUUACAACAGCGAUCAUGGCUCACAAUACGCACACUGUAACGGGACCGUGUGGAACCCACUGGGCAAUGGUUUCUCCUAUGAAGAUUUUGAAUUCCCAAUUUUUCUACUCCGAGAUGAGAAUGAGACAGAGGUCAUUAAGCAGUGUUACCGGGAUCACAAUAUUCCAGGGAACGGCAGCAGUGCCCCAGUCUACCCACUGUGCGCCAUGCAGCUAUCCUCUCACAUGCACGCCGUCACCAGCACCGUCACCUGCAUGAGGCGUAACUCCAUCCAGAUGUCCUUCAGCAUUAACCCAGAAGCAGUGUGCGACUCUCUCGCUGGUUACAACGUCUGGAGCUCUCUGAAACCUAUAAACGUAUCUGGAACCUUGGCCCCGGAGGAUCAGGUCAUUGUCUCGGCUGCCAGGAUUGACAGCCGAUCUUUCUUUUGGAACUUGGCCCCGGGAGCUGAGAGUACGGUGUCUGGGCUAGUGACGCAGCUGGCUGCUGCCGAGGCGCUCCAUAAAGUGGCCGACUCUCAGUCAUUGCCCAGGAAUAUCAUGUUUGCUUUCUUCCAAGGGGAAGUGUUUGAUUACAUUGGCAGCUCACGGAUGGUGUACGACAUGGAGAAAGGACGGUUUCCAGUGAAACUGAGCAACAUUCACUCCUUUGUUGAGCUCAGUCAGGUGGCGCUAAGGAACAGUUCCAUGCUGUGGGCCCAUACUGACCCAGUCUCUCGGAGUAACGACUCUGUGGACACGGAGGUUCAGCAGAUGAUCCAGACCUUGAAAGCCGCCAGCAGUGGCAGCAACGUAACUCUGCAAGAGGUCAACCAGUCUCAGGCCCUCCCGCCAGCUUCCUUCCAACGCUUCCUGAGGGCGCAAAAUAUCCCCGGCGUGGUACUGACCGACCACAGGACGGCCUACCACAACAAGUACUACAACAGCAUGUAUGACACCGCCGAGAGCAUCAAGAUUAACUAUCCUAGCGGAUUGUCUGAAGAUGAGGAACUGGAGCACAUCACCGAAGCCGCCCAGGCUCUUUCGGAAGUGGCUACUGUUCUCGCUAAAACCCUUUACCAGCUAGCAGGAGGGAACGACACUGCGGAAAUCAAGGCGGACGCCCAAUCGGUCACUCGGAUGUUAUAUGGGUUCUUGGUGAAGUCCAACAAUUCCUGGUUCCAGUCCAUCGUUAGGUCUGACUGGAAGGGAAGCUUGGAGGACCACCAGCCCCAGUAUUACGUGACGGCCAGCUCACAUGGAAGCAAACCCACAGCCAACAACCCUACCCGCCUCCUGAUCUCCGUUCUCACCAACCUUACCGGGCAGGUCGUAAACUUCACUAAAGAGCAGUGCCAGAACCCUGAAAAGGCCACGGAUCCCAAGAAAGAGCUAUACGAAUACUACUGGGUGCAGGGUCCCCUAAGUGAGAAUUCAACCUCGAGGGCCCCGUUCUGCGUGAGGAGCACCACCCACAGCCAACACGCAGAGUCUCCUGCCUUUGAGUUGGACGACUGGGGCUCCACAGAGUACUCCACCUGGACCGAGAGCCGCUGGAAGGAGAUCCGGGCGCGCAUAUUCCUCGUGCCGAGUCACCAGUUGGAGGUGAUUACGCUGGUCGUGGGCAUUGCGGUUCUGCUGGUCUCUCUGACUGCCACUUACUUUAUCAACGCCAAAGCAGACAUUUUGUUCUCCAACACUGAAGACAGUGGAUCAGUAGCCUACUAGAGACACUGCUGCCCUCUGCUGGAGGGAGGACUGCGAUCCGCCGCUUGCACUGGUUGGGUGAAAAAAAACUGUGCUGCUUUUAUCAAGGAGCCACACUGGAAAAGGUCUUCACGUUUUUUCCUUUAAUUCAAGCAGCACACGUGACUGAAAACCAAUCGCGUCCUCGUCCCACAGUGACAAAAGUGCGUUGUGACAACACUCAAAAUUUUCGGCCAAGAUGGGGGUAUACUCCUGGGUGGCAGAAUGUGUUCUCAUCAUCGCUGACAUACAGGAGGGAGGGGCUUACGGAACAAAAAUGUGGUUUGAUUGUUCCAACAGCCAAGAAGAACGCCUGCCCUUCAUUAAAUAUCCCUGGGCCUCAAUUCUCCUUUCCCCUUCCUCUCCCCGAAAAUUGUGACAUUAUUAUUUUCUUAUUGUAAGUUUUUGUCAAAGACUUUAAAAGUUGCUACUGUAAUUUUGUUAAAUAACUGAAUGCUGCUUUUGUCCAAUUCCCCAGAUCCCCUCCCCCCCACUUCCUUCCUUGACCUCAGGUAAGAGUCGGCAACAUAAUGCUAAAAGAUGUAGUAAGUGUAAGUACUACCAGGCAAAGAUAUAAGAAGUUUUAUUAACUUGUUGGACUUACAGAUUGUGGUUUCUGAAGACUGAAUGUCCUGCUCGUGCUCAGUGCUCCUCUGGGAGCGUAUUAGCGCACAUUGCUGGACAGUGACUGGACGGAUGCGCGGUGUAAAUAUCAUUUGAUCGGUCAUUCAAUGGGGACAUAAAAAUAGCUAUCUAGGAAUGUUAAGGAAAUGGGCUUUCCUUAUGGCUUUAGUGACCGUUUAAAAUGUUCUGGUCUCUUCCCCAUGGAGGUAGUUAUAUUAUGGGCUACUCUAGUGUCCAAGUCUGGACAACCUGUGGUACUCCCGGUGUGGUGGAACUACAAGUCUCAGCAUACCUUGUCAGGUGGCAGAGCAUGAUGGGCUUGUAGUUUCACAGGUUGCCCAGCUCGUGUCAUAGGCUAUCAAUUCACCAGGAACUUGUGGUAUCAAUGACACACAGUGCCUCGUGCCUCAGUGAUGUCUUGUGAGGAACACACUGAUACUUUAGUAAUAAUAUUCUUAUAUCUUCUUUCUACAACGUCUUAAGGAUACCCUAAAAUGCACCCAUCGCGGAUAAAGUUGCUGGUUCACUCUAACAGGUGAGACCUGGCGUAGAUGGACGUUUUGUGGGCAGAGCUGGUUGCAGCCUAUCCGCUCCCUCGGGAGUUGUGGCAUCACUGAGAAAUGCUGGGAGCUGAUUGGUGGAAUAUGAGUGAGCCAGCACAAUGGCUGCCUCCACCCUGUAAUGACCGUGGUAUCAGCCCAAAUGUGCUGCUUAUGUUAAUAAGUUGUGAUACUGUGGGACAGUGGUUCCCAAACUAUGUCCUCAAGCCACUCUAACUGUCCAGGUUUUAAGGAUAUCCAUGGUUGAGCACAGAUGGUUAAAUCAAAUAGACUGAGGUGCUAAUUAAGUCACAUAUGCCCGAACAUGGAUAGCAUUAAAACCUGGACCGUUAGGAUGCCUUGAGGACCGAGUUGGGGAACCUCUGCUGUAGUGUAUUGUAUUUCUGUCUCUUUAGGUAAGAGUACAAGUCACUCAUCAGAAUGAACCAGCGUUUCCUAAGGGAGAUGGUUAUAUCUUCCAGUUGGGAAAUGAUAUCAUUGUGUGAUUGUAGAUCAGACCUGUUCCCCUGUACUUGUAAAUGGUUUCCCCAUGCUUUUGGUAAAAACAUUGUUUAAAAAAUAAAAAUGUUCAAAUCGGA